GUAAGGCUAUAGUAUUUAAAACCGGUAAUUCCCGGUGCCAGUGACUCCUCAACAGUUACAGCUCUGCAAAGGACAAGUUUCGCAAGUGGAUUUGUUUUAUAUAUAAAACCCUCCAUUCUCUGCCGCUGUACAAUAUUCCUAUUUAGCUAUGGAGGCACCUGAAUUCUCACACACAUACACCCAGCCAUCGGAGGAGCGGCGUUGUUGUUUUUGCUUUCCGUUGUCGUCAGGCGGCGGCUUGAAAUGGUGGCGUAAGGAACAGACUGAAGAAGUGAAAGAAGGUUCUGUUUGGGCUAAAGGGAUUAACGCUUUAAUGAAGCUACGAGAAUGGUCGGAGAUUGUAGCGGGACCGAGAUGGAAAACUUUUAUCCGGCGUUUCAAUCGGAACAAAAAUGGUACGCAGGGGAAAUUCCACUACGAUCCUCUCAGUUAUGCGUUAAACUUCGACGAAGGUACUAUUAAUGGAGAGGAGGAUGAGUACGGGCUCCGGGAUUUCUCGACGCGUUACGCUUCAAUUCCGGCAUCGGCUAGAGGGUCCUUGGAUUUGAGCAGGGAUGGCCCUAAUUUCGUUUGAAUGAGUUCAGUGCUGGAGAAUGGAGAUGAUUUCUCACUUGUUAGAGCCUACAGCUCAUCAGGACUCGUCAUUUUUCCUUCACAUAUACUAGUAUAUAUUCUAGAAUUAGUUUAUACAUUUCAAUUGGCUAAUGAGUUGGUCAAUUUGUGCAUAAAUAAAGAUAUUGAAUGGUUAAUUGGAGGAACAAAUCAACUUCUCUAAACUAUUUUGUUAUUGUUGGCAAAAUGGUUAAAUUUAUCCUUACCA